GUGGACUCCAAUCCACUGAAUGUCCCACAGGUGGACUCCAAUCCACUGAAUGUCCCACAGGUGGACUCCAAUCCACUGAAUGUCCCACAGGUGGAGUCCAAUCCACUGAAUGUCCCCACAGGUGGACUCCAAUCCACUGAAUGUCCCACAGGUGGACUCCAACCCACUGAAUGUCCCACAGGUGGACUCCAAUCCACUGAACGUCCCACAGGUGGACUCCAAUCCACUGAAUGUCCCACAGGUGGACUCCAACCCACUGAAUGUCCCACAGGUGGACUCCAAUCCACUGAAUGUCCCACAGGU